CAAAAUCCUCACCCUACGCGGACCCCCAUUGCUUUAACAAGUGGUUCUUCAUUCAAUUGGAAACCCUCUCCUAAGUAAGCCCUUGGUCAGAUCUAUCUAAGAAUGGCCGUCUCCGCAGAUGCAGCUGUUGUGGAACUUCUUGAUAACAGUAACUAUGUGGAUUGGAGUGUAUUGGUUAAAACUUACUUGUUGGCUCAAGACCUUUGGGAUGUAGUGGAAGGAGACGAACAAGAAGAAGAAGAAGAAGCUGAUGAUAAGUUCAAAGCUUGGAGGGAGAAGAAUGCCACGGCUUUACAUAAAAUCCAAAUUUCAUGCGGGCGGGAAGCUUCUUCCCUCAUUAGAAACACCAGUUCAGCCAAACGCGCUUGGGAUACUUUGGCAGAAAAGUUCAAGCCAAAAUCAGAUGCAGCUGUUGUGGAACUUCUUGAUAGCAGUAACUAUGUGGAUUGGAGUGUAUUGGUUAAAACUUACUUGUUGGCUCAAGACCUUUGGGAUGUAGUGGAAAAAGAAGAAGAAUAUGACGAAGACGACGACGAAGAGGAAGCUGAUGAUAAGUUCAAAGCUUGGAGGGAGAAGAAUGCCACGGCUUUACAUAAAAUCCAAAUUUCGUGCGGGCGGGAAGCUUCUUCCCGCAUUAGAAACACCAGUUCAGCCAAACACGCUUGGGAUACUUUGGCAGGAUAUUACAACUACAAUCAGAAUAAGCCGUUGUUCGAUGCUGUGUUGAGUGGAGAUUGGAAUACAGCAAAGGAGUUUCUUACCCUACAUCCCGAUGCAAUAAGAGCAAGACUUCCAUCUACAAACGACACAGCUCUUCACAAGGCAAUAGAAUUAGAGCACGAGCAUAUUGUGGAAGGGUUGGUGCAGUUGAUGUCAGAGGAAGACUUGAAAUUAAAAGAAAAUGACGGUUGGACAGCUCUUGCUCUUGCUGCACAGAGAGGAUAUAUAGAAAUGGUUAAAUGCAUGGUUAGAAAGAGCAUGAAAAUACUUAGUAUUCCCAAUGAGAAGGACAAUAUGACUCCAAUUCUCCACGCUUCUCUCAAUGAACAUUGGGAUGUCGUUGAUUCUCUUUACUCCGUCACUCCCCUCCAAGAUCUAAUGCCAAAGAAAGGACCAUACGGCGCUACACUUCUUUACAACUUUAUUAUUGGCAUGAAAUUUGGUAUUGCUCGGGAAUUAAUUCAGUGUUGCCCACAAUUGGUCUUUACCAAGGGCCUCUUUGAGACAUUCCCGAUGGAAGGAUUUCUACCUUCUGCAUUUCCGAGUGGAACACGCCUCAAAUUCUGGCAACGAUGGAUCUAUAAUUGUAUACACAUAGAGCGUGCCAUCAGUGAUAUUCAUGUGAGUGUUCAAAAUGAAGGAAAUGAAGAACGUAAUCGAAUGAAGAUCACUUGGUCAG